ACUCGAUUCCAGUCUUCCAGACCCUUCUCGGGUAGUCGGUUCAUAUCUCCUUGUAUCACGAAACUAAACAUAGACGAACGCUAGAGAGAGAAGAAGAGGAAGUAUAGAGAGAGAGAGCUUGAAAUUAUCAAAUCGAGCCAUCAUCAUGUUCAAGAAGCCAGUGGAUGCCAAGGCACAACAGCGAUUGUCAGGCGCAGACCGCAAGAAGUUGAAGAGAACAGUCAGAGAACGCUUCCGCAAUGCCUCCGAUUCCGAUAUCGACGCCUUGCUUCCCCCAAAGUCAGAAGUAGCAGUUGCGAAGUUCCCAAAUAGAGUUCAUGUGUACAGUUUGGAGGGUGGCUUUCCUAUGUUUUUUGACAUUGACGGGCGAGGCACAGAGAUAUUCCCCACAGUUUAUGCUCUCUGGAAGGUCCCUAAACUCUUGCCUGCUUUUGUGCUGAAGGGGGGUGAGGUUUCUCGUUUUGUCAUUGGAGGGGCUGAUUUGAUGUUCCCUGGUAUCAGCAUACCUGCAGAAGGUCUACAAUCAUUUUUAGCUGGGGAACCAUGGGCUGUGAAAGUCCCUGGAAAUCCAUCUCCAAUUGCGGUUGGGAUUACCACCAUGAGUAGCACGGAAGCUUUGAAAGCUGGUUUGCGUGGAAAGGCUUUAAAAAUAUGUCACUACUACCGAGACUUACUUUGGGAAUCAGUUGAAGGUCAUUAUGUUCCAAAUGCUGGUUUCUAUGAAGAUGUUGUCUUUGGAGAUCCUUCUUUGGCAUCUACUUGUCAGGCUUCUGAUUCACGUGAAGGUGAUGCUUUGAUUCAUCAACAGAAUGGCAGUGACAACAAAGAAGUGGGGGAGGCUAUUAUUGUCACAGAUGCACAUUCUGAUAUAGAUCCUGUUUCCACACAACAAAUUGAUUUUAAAGACGACAGUGCUGAACAAGUAACUGCGGAUAUGGGUGAUUUGAAGGUGACAGAAAAUGCAUCAACUGAUGAAUUAACUGUUGAGGAGCAGCAUACUUUAUCCACUGAGGAUGUGGAUGCACUUCUGGACAAAUGCCUUUUACAAGCCUUGCACACCACGAUUAAAGAUAAAGACCUUCCAAUGCCUGGAAGUACAUUAUGGUCAAGUCAUGUGUUACCUUGUAGGCCUUCAGGCAUCACGAUAGAUAUUAAAAAAUCAUCAUUCAAGAAAUUGUCAAAGUGGUUACAAUCUAAAUCAACUGCGGGAUUGAUUUCAGUAAAAGAAGAUAAGCAUAAGAAAGAGAUUACACUAGUUUCUGUCAACCGUGUUCAUCCGGAUUUCACAUCCUUCAAGCCCGAGAAACGGAAAGUGGAGAAAAAUGAGCAAACCACUGAUCGUGCUGCCAGUGAAGGUCGGUCACAUAAAGUACUGGAAGUGGAAGAGAUAUAUAAACCUAGUGUGCAUGUCAAACACAUUUUCUCUUCUGUAGGAGCUGAUACAGCUAAACUAUAUAGUGCCUCAGAAGCCAGUGAUAUUGUGUUCAGCUACAUUGAGAAAGAAAAUCUGGUUAAACCGACAGACAAGUCCCAAGUGGUAUUGGAUCCAAUAUUAUGUGAUGCCUUGUUUAAAGGAGCCAUCAAAAAGGGAACAACUUACCCAACUCAUAUUCAUAAGAAGGAUUUAGGACCUACAUUUAUAAACCGGAUGCAGGCGCAUCAUAGAGUGAGAAGAGGAAGUGAGUCAGUUGUUUGCAAAGGUGCCCUGAAAACAAUUCAAAUAAUGACUGAACGACGGCAAGGGAACAAGAAAGUGACAAAACUCACUGGGUUGGAAUCAUUUCUGUUGGAUGCUGAGGCAUUGGCAUCAGAGCUACAGAAAAAGUUUGCUUGUAGUACAACAGUGGCUGAAUUACCAGGUAAGAAGGGGCAUGAAGUUCUGGUUCAAGGAGGUGUGAUCGACGACCUUGGUAGACAUUUAGUUGAACAUUAUGGAAUUCCAAAGAGAUACAUUGAAGUUCUUGAUAAAACUAAGAGAUGAGAAUUGAGUGGUGAUGAAAUUUAAUGAAACAGGAAAGAAGGGGCGACAACGCAAACAAUAAAAUUCGGAUCUCGUUCAAGGCGGAACCAACACGAGAGGUCGAAUGAUUUAAAGAGUUACGAUACGAAGUCUUAAAUUGCUCUCGUGUUGCUAGGCUAGAAAUAUAUUAAGAGUAAUUUAAUCUUGUGAAUUUGAUAAUUUUCAGUUUUGAGCUGUAGAGUGGGAUGUACUGUUUUGAGAUGUUUUUGUAGUCUCUUAUUUAUAAUUGAGUCAGAUUUACUGA